AUGUUACAAGUCUGGAAUAAUCCAGCAGAACAACAGCAACAACAACAACACCAACACCAACACCAACAACUCCAACAACAACAACACCAAGAUAAUAUGUCAAAUAUUUUAAAUAUGACCAGCAGAGGUUUACCUCGCUUCAAUUUAUUAAAUACCAGUUCAUCAGGUUUAAAAGAUAUAAAUUUAUCAGCCAGCACAAAUUCUUUGAUGAUACCAGAUAUAUUUAUUAAUAAUAAUAAUAAUAGUAGUAAUAAUGAACAACCAAAAUUAAAUAGUUCAACAAAAGGUUUCGAUUUUAUUACUAAAACAAUAAAUGAAAUUUCAAAUGAACAAAAAACCUAUCAACCAUUUGAAAUAAUACCAGUCAAAAAUAUUAAUAAUAAUAACAAUAGUAACAAUAAUAACAUAUCAGAAUUUGGUGUUUUAAAUACAUCUUUUAGUUUGGAUCCAAAUAAAAUUGAAGAGUUAAGAUUAAAUCCAUCAGUUUUAGAUCCAUUUUUAACACUCCCAUAUAAUACUGCCACUAGCACAACCAAUAACAAUAAUAGUAUCCAAAAAAAGUUAAACUCUGGUAAUAAUUUAACCGGUAUUAUUAGUACAACUGCACCUAUUUCUGGACCAAUUAGAGUCAUCCAAACAUUCGAAAAAGAAAGUGUUCCAUCACCAACAACAUUCAGUUUAAAUAAAGAGGAAUUAAAUACCAUAACUUCCGCUGAAAUGAAUGCUUAUGUCAAGCAAGCCAGCAUUGUUAAGGAUCUCACCCAAACUGAAAAAAAGGAAUUAAAAAGACAAAAGAGGCUAAUCAAAAAUAGAGAAUCUGCUCAUCUCUCCCGUCAAAGAAAAAGAGAACGUUUAACUGAUCUUGAACACCGUGUUGAAGAAUUAACCACUAACUCUGCUGAUAUUACCAAGACUCUUUCCGGUUUAGAAAAUGAAAACCUCAUCCUCAAAGCUGAAGUCAGCCAACUCUUUGAAGUAAUCAACGAUUCUCCAGUUUUAUCAGCUUUAUUCUAUACACUUUAUUCCCAAACCCACCAACAACAAAAAGAAUCAAUUGAAACUUAUUAA